GGUCUUUAUCAAAAUGCUAAAGGAUUAUGGGAUGCUUGUAAAAAAGCCAGCUACAACUUCCCAUUUACUAAUGUGAAAAAAUGGCUUGAUAGGCAGGCAAUGUAUCAAAUCUACCGCUCUUCACCAAAGCAUAUUCCCUAUUCCAGUUACUCUAAAAUCACGAAGCCAAAUACCGUGCACCAAUGUGAUUUAAUCGAAAUACCAUAUGAUGAAGAUGUGGAUACAAAUUUACUAGAUGAUGGCCCAAUAUAUUACUAUGUAUUAUUG